GGAGUCAUUGACAGAAACUGAUCGAGCAUUACUCUACUAUACAAUAAUUGUAAUAAUAUUAAUCUGGGAUUUUUUUUGCAUGCUGAUUUUGAAGUUUUUUAGAAUUGUUGAAUUUACUGACCUUUUUUAAACAUGACGUCACUUGGUGAGCCUUUGGAAAUCAACAGUCAUGAGUUAGUCCGCAUUCUCAGGGAGAACGCCACAUCUGCUGGCUGUGUCCUUUUGGACUGCAGACCUUUCCUGGACUUCUCCUUGGCACACAUAAGUGAGUCCCGGAACGUCAACUGGAACUCGGUGCUGCGCCGCAGGUCCAAGAGCACCGAGGUGGCCCUCGAGUGGCUGAUCCCGGAUAAGGCGCUUCUGGGCCGGCUACGGCGCGGGGACUUCAGCCUGGUGGUGGUGGUGGAUGAUGGGAGCAGCUCUGUCGCCAAGAUGAGGGUGGAGAGCGUGGGCCAGAUGUUGCUAACUGCCCUGCAAAACGAAGUGCACACGCAGAUUUGCUUCCUGCAAGGUGGAUUUGAGGGAUUUUCAGAGGCCUACCCAGAACUUUGUUACAGCAAACAACUCAGUGCGGGUGAACCAGAGACAGUGAGCUCUGGACGCAGCACACCUGCAUACGACCAGGACGGUCCCGUUGAGCUGCUUCCCUUCCUGUUUCUGGGCAGUGCCGUCCACUCGUCACGCAGAGAGACCCUCACAGCAGCGGGCAUCACAGCUGUCCUCAACGUCUCCUCAUGUUCGAACUUCUUCGAGGGGGAGUUCCAAUACCUUCGGCUCAACGUGGAGGACAGUCUAGCUGCAGACAUCGGAGCUUGCUUCUCCACAGCUAUCGCCUUUAUCGAUUCAGUGAAGCAGAGCGGGGGUCGGGUGCUCGUGCACUGCCAAGCAGGUAUCUCUCGCUCGGCCACCAUCUGUCUGGCCUACCUCAUGCACGCCCAGCGGGUUCGGCUGGACGAGGCCUUCGACUUCGUGAAGCAGCGGCGUCACGUCAUCUCGCCCAACCUGGCCUUCAUGGGACAGUUGCUGCUGUUUGAGAUGGAUGUCCUGUGUCAGGGCUAAAGGGCACAAAUGUGCAUUUUUUGUCAUUGGAGCUUGUUAAGUGUGGUGAUGCUGGCAUCACUGCAUCCUCUUGUGGGACAACACUGUGUAAAAAAAAUAUUUAUUUCCGUAUGAUGGGACAGUUUGUUGACAUGACUGUCUGUUCAUGCACUUUAUAGAUACAGAGCCAAUUUUUUUUAGUCAAGUAAAAAAAAAAAUACAUUGAGGCUAGUCUUUAUUUCAUACACAAGAAUUCCAUCUUACUUACACACACAGCGACCUCAUAGUGUAUACUAUAAUACUCUUCUGUACAGGUGAUACUUUUAAAAUGACCAAGUCCCAAAGAUCUACCUACUACUAUAAAUACCGCACUUUCUCAGCAUGCAAGUACAAGUCAAAUUCAUCUACCUCUUUCUAUAAAGCAUAUAACAUAUAUAAAAUGUAACCAGUGAAAUUCAGAAAUUCUAUUGUAAAUAUUAUUGAUUAGUGUUUCACAUUCACAUUUUCAAAGUUUACAGGUCAUCAAAGUAGUUGCUAUCAUAAUUCACUUCAAUAUGGAAUUAAAGAAAACUACACAUAACUCCUAAAUAGUUGUGUACCUAACCUGAGUACUGGUAAUAUGUCAGUCACAUUAGCUAUGUAACGUUCAUUAGGGCACACAGUUCAUGUAUUACAUCCAGUUAGCAUUUGCAAACAUUACCAAUAUACAAGAAUUUAAAAUGAUUAUACAAAAGAAUGCAGCCGAAGUCAAGGCAACAUAUUGAAAAGGUUUCACCAAUGGGCACAUUUUUUAUUUCAUCAUGAAAUAAUAGUUUAAGAAGCGAACGUUUGGAAAACACUGAUUUCUGUAGUAGAGUUCAUGACGCCAAGCAAAGCCAUCAAACAAUACACUUUUUCCUACGCAACUAGCCGCUACAAGUGAACAGAUAACUUUUGUUAUAGAUAUAGACAUCUUACCGCAGAGUUAGUUUCUUCCAUAAUCACAAUAAUAAAGAGGAAAGAUGCAUCUUGUUCUGUAGCUUGAAAGCGCAAAUCAGGAGGGGAGCUUAAUGUCCGCUGACUGAUGUCAUAUGACAACUACAAAGUGACGUUUACGUGAUCGACCCAAACUACCUUGGCGAUCUACCGGUAGCUCGCGAUCUACAUAAUGGCCACCCCUGGUUUAGAGUGUUUAGAAAGGCCUGCUGACCUCAGUUGAGGAUAUAACCGGGCAAUGGAAGGAAUACUUUGAGGCCCUUCUCAAUCCCACUGACAUACGUACCUGCAGGAAGGGGAAGCAGUGUCAUAGGACGUGGAUGCAGACAUGAAGA